AUGCCCGGAGAAAGCAACCACAGAUCUGGCCCUGCCGAAAAGCAUCUCGAGCUGGGGGCCGAUGACGCACACUUCUCUGGACCAGACUUAAGGAGACACCCAUCGGCGGACUCUACUCCAAGUGACAGUGGAUCCUCUCCCAGUGACACAGGUCCUCAGAGUCACCCCGCCCCCAACCUGAGGGCUCAGACCGACGCCCCACCCUCCGACUCUCUGGGAAGUUGGGAGGUCAUGGACCAUGUGGACGCCAUGUUCCGGUUAAGAUGGAGAGGAUCAAGGUUCUGA